AUGGACGAGAUCGACAUAAUACCAGGGCCUGAAACCCCAAAAGAAAUAGGGCCGCAUCUGGAACUUCUCACCAAAAAAAUCGCUAUCGUCUGCGAAAUGAUGCAGUCCAAUAUCGGCCAAGUCCUUGGACGCGUUUCUGUCGUCAACUAUGACGGCAAAACCAUAUUUGACAGCUUCAUAUGCUACCCCGAGCCGGUCAACAUCACAAACACUGAUGAACGGUUUUCUGGGAUUCGCUGGGCCGACAUCGAUCCGCAGAAUGGCGCCAGGCCUUUUUCCGAAGUCCGGGCUCAACUAAGCGAGCUUCUUCGUGACAGGGUUGUGAUCGGCCACGAUAUUGAAAAGGAUUUGAGGGUCAUCACUUUGGAUUUGGCUGCUCGCAUCUUGCAGCUUCAAGGCGUUGCUCGUUCAGCCACUCGUCUCAAGUUCGACAUAUCUGUCCGCGAUACACAAAAGUAUAGUGGGUACCGCAAAUACGCCAAUCCCGGUGCCCACCAGGGCCCUAAUCUCAAAAAUCUAGCGCUGGGGGUUUUGGGCCGCUCAAUCAAGCAGGGUCCUGUGUCGAGUGUAGAAGAUGCUAUUGCAACUAUGGAAAUAUAUCGCAAGGCAGAGGUGGAGAUUGAUCGGGAACAAGAGCGGUAGGAUGAUGGCUCCUGAAAAACUUACGGGAAUAGACUUGCACACAUAAUGUGAUUCAU